AUGCUGCCAUCUCGCUCUGCACCUCGCACUUCCAAGCCAUCGUCGCUCUUUGGCCGAGUAAAGAGGUUUGGUUGGGGUUCCUCCUGGAAGCAGUACUCCUGUACAGACGACCAGACACUACUCGAUCUGGAGUCGGUAUCACAUGAUCAUCGCGCAGAAGAUGACGACGCUACGACAGCCUGUAGUAGUACUGGUCAAAGACAGCUACCAUUACAUCCCAAGUUCCAGGACGGCAUUGAAGUGGUAUUGACAAAUUCCCUGUCCAAAGAGGAUGACCAAGUGUCUAUCUCUUCCGAUCUACGGUCUGUAGUAGACACUAGCCAAGAUAGCCAAGACAACAAAAGGCAGCCUACCAACACUGGCACGCAGGCUUCUUCCUCCUCUUCCUCCUCAUCCUUUCAGCAGAUGGAACCUUGUACAAGUGCCACUGUCGCUCCUUCUACUAGUACUUCUGUUCUUCUACCCACCUCCACCACCUCCAAGAGCAGCACUAUCCAGCAACCCACUGAUGAUGCUAUUGACUACAUUCUCAACAAUCUAUCAGAACAAGAAUUGGAGACGGCUGCCAUGGCGUCUCAUCAGUACUGCCUUUUGCAGACUCAAGCCCAUGAUAACUCCACCAAUAAAGGUACAACCACAGUCACUGACAAUAAUAAUAUUUGCAGCAAUGAUCAGCUGGACUAUGCAAGCCAAUUGAUCCAACGACACUUGAUUGCGGAACAGGGAAAUACCGAAAGGACACUCUCAAAAAUCAAAGCAACACUGCAGUUUCGCCGCGACUGGAAGGUCAACGAGACACGACAAACGUUCCAUGACAACUCGCCGCAAUCCCUGAAACGCCAACGUCGGAUUGCCGGUUAUCUGGGAGGGGAUGCUGGCAAGCUCUUUGUCCGGGGAUUUGAUCGACAGGGACAUGCUUGCAUUCACUAUAUCAUGCGCCACAACAACCACCAUAGCAACAAUGACAGUUUGGGAUGCAUGCUGGCCUUUUUGUACACUUUGGAAAAGGCCAUUGCCUGUUCGGAACGGCAUCCCCACAAUACAGAUGGCAUGAUCACCGUCAGCGUCGAUCUCAAAGGGUUUCAACCCAAACUGCAUGUCCCACCCAUGGAUGCCUUGCAACAAUUGGUACUAUUGCUCAAGGAGCAUUAUCCCGAACGACUGUUUCGCGUGACUUUUGUGGAUGCCCCCAUUUUGUUUCGCUAUGUUUGGGCCGUCUUGUUGAAACCACGCAUUAACGAUCCCACGACCCGCGACAAGUUUCACUUUGUCACGGGACGAUUUCAACGCAAUCGAUGGAUACGAGGUGGCGGUUGGGAUUUGCACCAGUGCAUGCCCUAUCAACAUGCGCAGGGGAAACUGGUGGCAGAUGUGGAUAUGGAGGCAUUCUAUCAAUUGCCGUUGGAUCAGGCAUAUGGUGCAUAAUGGAGGUUGCAGAAGAAGCCACGGUGCCAAUCAGCCUGUGACAGUUCCCGUUAGCUAGCAUCUAGCUAG